AUGCUCUUUUCUUCCUCAAACGCUGCGCUGGCCGCCGCCGUGGUGCUUGCACCUCUCGCAAUUGCUGCACCUGCUACCAGCCCCAACCCCGCUCUCUAUGAGAGAGCCUUGAAUGAAGGCAAGGGCACUUGGUACGGUGAGAACUGUGGCGAAGAAGCUUGCUGGCAGCAGGGCGCUUGCGCCUUCACCGACUAUGUUCUUCCCUCCACUAUCGCAGGCUCUACCUGUGUCUCAGAGACCAUCUGGGCCAAUGGCGCCGAUUGUGGUGGGUGUGUCGAAAUAUCCUAUAAGGGUGGUGCUAAGAAGAUUGCCAUGGUCACCAACAAGACCGGUGGCGACAAGAACCACUUGGAUAUGUCUCCUGACAUGUUCUCCCAGCUCGCCAACAAGAACCUCGGCGAGAUUCCUAUCGAGUGGCAGUUUGUUCCUUGCCCCAUUACCGAUGGUCUUCAAAUCAAGAUGCACGGAGGUGCUUCUCAGUACUGGUUCGCUGCCACCGUCUUCAACGCUCGUCUCCGUACCACCAAGCUUGAGGUCAGUGCCGACAGCGGCAAGACCUGGAAGGCGACCACGAGAAACGUCAACAACUACUUCGCACUUUCCGGUAACGGCGGUACGAACACAAAGACUGCCUGGGUCAGAGUUACCUCCGAGAAUGGGGAUACCGUUGUUGUCAAGGACGUUGACAUGACUUCUGGCAAAACCACCAAGGGCACUGCCAACUACAAGGCUUAA